AUGGAAGUGGCCUGGCCUGGCUGUCGGGAGGUUCCAAAUCACCUGGCGAAGUAUUCGCUCUGGAGGCCACUUCACAGCCGUGUUGAGCAAACUGGGCACAGGCAGUAUUUUUCGUCACUCGUUUUCCCUGCCGGUGUGGGUGGUGUAUGCCUCCGAGUCGCUCGACGCCGCGCUUUGCGAUCGAGUGCGAAGCGCUGCUCCGAUGCGUAUCUUGGACACAUCCGCAGGGCACGUUCUGGAAGCGAUGGGGAUACCCAGGAGGGAAGCGAGGCGGCCGCGAAUCUCGAUGAUUCGGCGUUUUUUGCAGCUUUCAGAAAGCGAGCCCAGGAAGUUGAGCAACAAGCAGCGGAACGGAAGGCUGCAGUAGACCGGAACUGGAAGGAAGGACGCGCGGAAGUAAAGGUGGGCGCGGUUGCCAACGAUUGGGUCCGGCGUGUGAUCCUAGUUGAUGACGAGCUAUUUGUUGGCACAGCCUCGCGAGGCGUGCAAAGGUACCGGUUGGGCGGCGAGCAGCCGAGUCAGCUGUUUCCAGUCAGUGGCGAUCCGACCAGAAGCGUUCCUGCGGAUCACCAGGCGGAAUACGAUCCCGAGACCAGCGUGACCUCCAUCGCAUGGAACGGCAGGUGCUUGUUUGCAGGGCUGGCUGGUGGGCGAGCUCAUGCAUGGAGGGAUGAUGGCACACUUCUGCUGGACGUGAUGGUGUGUUCAGAUUCUACACGUCCUUGCUAUGUCUAUGUGAAUGAUGACAUGCUGAUUGCUGCUGCUGGCGAGGCCGUGAUGCGCUGGUCCAUCGAGGACCUCCUGGCCCAAUCUGACCUUUCGGCUCACAGGAUCGAGGUGACAAGCAACGUGCACAGCCUGGCUGCUGGCUUCAAGGGGAGCUUUGCUAUUGGCCUGGAGGACGGAACUGUGGAGCUACGCAGCUUGGAGCGUCUCUCCCUACUGUCGCGAAGACCGAGUGCCCACCAGUUCGCUGUCUCGGCCUUACUCGUCCUGUCAGAUACGAUCCUGACGGGAGAUGCUGCUGGAACCCUGGUGUCCUGGCGGGCGGAGGCAUCGACGCCGGGGGAGGACUGGGAGAAGCUUUGGCAGCGCGAGCAUCGUGGCCGGGUAGUGGCUAUUAGCCAAGGCGGGGGCCAGGUCAUCGUCACUGCUGCCCUGGAUAGCUUCAUCCGCAUCUGGAAUCUAUCGGGGGACGUCCUCUUUGCCAUCCCUGAACAUCGUGUCUGGCUUGGUUCGCUAAGCAUGUCCAUGGACAACAGCCUGAUGGCAACCGAUGGUCGAGACAACGCCGUGUACCUCUACAGAUUCUCUGAAGACUGA